UCGACAGUGACCUGUGCUGAGGAGAACUGGUGAGCAGCGUUUUCCUACUGUGCCAAUUCUACUCUGCGCUCUUAAUCUUCCAGUUUUCUUUUCUUCUUCCGAUAUUCAUUCAACACCAGGGCUGAGUUCGAAACCAACACGCUUACUUUCGACAGCAAUAACGCAUUUUUUUUUACGUAGGGGAUAAGAAGAAAUAACGUAGCAAUACUUAAAAGAAAAACAAAGAAAAAAAGCGAACAACUGUUUAUGCAUUUUGUUAUUAUAUUUCCUUCGCGUUCCAGGUCACAUAUAAACUGUAUUGGGCCUGAAUAUAGUGUACGGAAACAAUUACGUGUGUUUGUUGAAGGCGCCGUCAUUUUGGAAAAGAUUCUAGAAGAGCCAUAUCGGGAGAGAAGAGACUGUCUACCAAAGACGCAUGCGUAACAUCAGAUCCACGGUUUGGUUCUUUUUCAAGCGAGCCCAGAGAAGAAGUCACGCGGAGGUGCUGAACGCCAAACACGACCAAUGGGUAUUCUGACCACAUCCAGCACCAACGACUCCAUUAUUAGACCAGUUGGAUUUCACAUUGUCGGUUUUACCCAUUUAAAGUUUAGCGAUGUAUACGUAACUUUCCUCGCCGUUGUUUAUACUGUAACGGUUUUAUCCAAUUGCUUUAUUCUUUCCAUUAUAUGGAUAGAUCACCGCCUACACACCCCGAAGUACAUUGCGGUGGCUAAUCUGGCGGUCGUCGACUUGAUGUUCAGUACAUCUAUUAUCCCUCGUAUGAUCAAGAUAUUUCUCGCGAAAGAUAACUUUAUUUCCUACAACGCGUGUUUGGCACAGAUGUUUUUCUAUUACUGUUUUGUCUCAUUAGAGUCGUUUUCCCUAAGCGUACUGGCCUAUGACCGGUUAAUUGCGAUAUGUUUCCCACUGAGACAGAGCUCUAUCAACUCACUCACUGUCAUGAUCAGUAUUUUAGUCGCUGUUUGGUCAUUUUGUGUAAGCGUUGUUGUGUUCGCGGUCACAGUCAUGACCAGACUGUCUUUCUGUAAUUCGCUCAAUGUUCAGAGCUACUUCUGUGACUACACUCCCAUGUACAGACUAGCUUGCAAUGACAACCGAUUGCAGUGGGCCACUGCCUCUUCUCUGAGUUUACUUAUUGUGUUUGUGCCCCUUAGUUUAAUUAUCAUGUCAUACAUCUGCAUUUUGACAGCCGUGUUUCGAAUGAAAAAUUUAGACAGCAGGUACAAAGCACUGUUAACGUGCACAGAACAUCUCGUUCUCGUGGCGAUUUUCUACGUGCCGAUCACGACGGUGUACAUCAUCGAACUUUUCUUCUUCCAACUCGAUCCAGAUGUCAGGAUUCUAAACUUGUCUUUGGCCAAAUGCAUCCCACCCUGCCUGAACCCCAUUGUGUAUUCCCUGGCAACCAAAGAAAUCAAGAACAGAGUACUGGCCAUGUUUCAGAAGUUCAAGGUAGCAGCGUGGUCAGGGUAGGCAUAGACCAGGGUUCCCACUCGUCCUGGAAAACCUUGAAAACCUGGAAAUUUAUCAACUAGUUUUCCAGUCAUGGAAAACACCUGGAAAAUGAGGAAAAUUUACAAAAUGUCCUGGAAAUAUUUGUGAGGUCCUGGAAAAAUGUAGGAUAGGCUAUAAGUCAAGGUAUUAAACUGUAUAUUUAGAGCUGAGAUUGCAUAUUUUUCUCCGCUUCUCUCAUUUUUAUUAGCUGCUGAGAUUCCACAGCAGCACACAGUUUUGAAUGGUUAUGGUACUUGCACAUUGCAAGCACCCCCCCC